UCUAACCUGAUAUUCUUUUCCUUUGUUCGAAAAAUAACUAACUGACCUUGCAAGACAAAUUACAAAGUCUUCAUAUUGAUCCAGACGAACGAGAAUCUGUCUUUGCGCAAGAAGUCCGAUCCAAUAGUGGCCUUUGACGCCAAACUGUUUUGGAAGGAUUGUACGCAAUUCUUGCAAUUAUGGAGCAUUAGGAGAAACCUUCACUACAAUGGCUUGAUGUAAACCUUCCUCCCUUGCAAAGUCUUCCCGUUCCUCCAUUAUAAACUGUAACGUUGGGAUUCCUUGAACUACUUCGUUUGGCUUCAAGAUUGUUUUUGUAACUUGUCCAGUUGUUUGUUUAUGGAUCAAACUUGCUGCAUAUGAAUUGGGUUUGUUGUUUAUGGAGUUAUUAAGGAUUGGAGGGAUGAUUUUAGAUGGCUCUCCCACAGCUUGGAGCUGGGGAGAGACGACAACAUCCAUGGCUGCUCAAGACGUCACCAUAUCAUUGACGUGAAGAGCAAAAAUUAACGAUAAAAUAUUGAAAAAUCUGGAAAAAGAGUUGCCUGCUACAGUAACCGCAAACUAAAUUCAAGAUCUCUUACAAAUGGCUAUGGAUUUGAGGAUGAAAACAAAUGGGGUUUGUGCGCAAAGACUAGAUGUUUCUUUUGACACCAACUUUGCGAAGAUCCACCACCGGAUGCCGGAGUUGAGGCGCGUGAAUAGUGACGGAAUUACUAUUCACCCUUCUUCCUAGAGAGAAUGAGGAGGAUUUUAGAGAGAGAUGGUUUUUAGACAUCAUUAGUGUCUUCUUGGAAAUGACAAGAUGCUCUUUUUUAUUGGUUUGAGAAGUGGGGCUUGUAUGUUGAGUUGGAAAGGAGUAAUAUUUCAUCUAGUCUCAUUUGGGUUAGAUGUAACACAGUCUUUAAAGACCUGUGUAAUUCUGUAUGCAUUUUGAUACUGUUCUUUGAUCAAAAUUGCAGAAGAGGAAGGCGUCUGACAUGAUUGGUCCUCAUUGGAGUGAGGAAGACCUGACACACUUCUAUCAAGCGUACCGCAAGUAUGGUAAAGAUUGGGAAAAGGUUGCUGCUGCAGUGAAACCCCGAACUGCAGAAAUGGUGGAAGCUCUUUACAUAAUGCAUAUGGCUUAUUUAUCGCUUCCAGAGGGGACUGCAUCUGCGGUUGGGCUGAUUGCCUUGAUGACUGAUCACUACUGCUACUUGGUAUGGCUUGAGAUAUAUUGAGUGAGUAAGGGGAAUGUGCGUUAUAUUAUAUGUUUUAUCUGCCCAUGCCUCACUCCCUUCCCCAUCCACCAGACAUAUUUUUCCUUUUCCUAUUUUUUUCAAGUGGAAGGAGUAGUGUUAUACAUGAAAGAGAUACUAGAAUUUUAUCGUCGUGGCAUCAGUGUAUUGGAAACAACCUCUCUACCUCCACAAGGUAGGGGUAAGAUCUGCGUACAUACUAUCCUCCCCACAGAUCCCACUUGUAGGCUUUCACGGGGUAUGUUGUUGUUGUUGGCAUAUUGCUUGAAUACUUCAAACGAAAAGUGAAGCUUGUCUUGAACACAAAUGUCUUUGCAAUCUGUUAUUAGAUAAACAUCAGGAAAGAUGAUUCUGUGCAUUAGGCCACAGAUUCUGAUGGUCAGCAGUAGUUU